UCUCACAUGUUUACAGCUUCACGGUGAGAAAUUAACGGAGAGAGAAACCUUUGGAAAACUUGGAAAAAAGCGACAAAUUGCACAAAACUGCAGAGUGAAUUCACUGACAAAACUCCCAGUUGUGUAAAAAUGAGCCAGAUAUCAGCUAAACCAAGGAAAAGCAGGCAGAGUCAUCUAGACCUGCUAGCACUCAGUUUUGAAGAUACUGAAGUGCCCUGUGCCAGCUAUGUAGAGGCUUUAUCAGAAAAUUAUUGGAGGGCAUUAGCCGAUGGUGCCUCUGAGUCAGAAGUGGAUGUUCUGCUGGCCGAGAUGUGUCGGUGGCUUUUAGGACAUGUUACCACUUCGAUCCUCGAUAAAAUCGAACCUCGGGUUACAGCCCACCGACACAAACGUGUUCCCAAAGUCACCGCACGCACCUCUACUAACCUGAUAAUAAGUGACUCUCUGCUGAGUUGGUGCAGGUACUGCAGGGUGACAGAAGAUGAUGUUGAGGCCUGCUUUGGAGACAUCCUGGAUGACUGUUUUUAUCAGCUCCUGGCUGUUGUCCAAAUACCGUCCUAUGACUCAGCCAGACUCCGAUCUUUACUUUCAACUGAGGUCGCAAAGAGAGUCAACUUAGUCAUGAGUUAUCGCACAGGGUCACAUUCUGUGAAAUCACAUUCACUCAUGAUGGAAAUGAAUAAUAACAUCAUCAACAUCGUAAAAAUGUGCAAAAAGCCCCUUUCUCCGCAACAUCCAGCUAAGAAUAAUAUGAAUAUCUAUGACAUAAUGCUGAACUUACCAAAACUGGAUGAAGAUGACAGUCUUCUACAAGAAUCUGCAGAGACCAGCGCAGAGACCAGCACAGAGACCAGCUCAGAGACCAGCACAGAGACCAGCUCAGGGACCAGUUCAGAGACCAGCUCAGGGACCAGCGCAGAGAAUAGCGCCGAGCCCAAGGGAGAGAAUAGCGCAGAGACCAGCUCAGAGACCAGCUCAGAGACCAGCGCAGAGCCCAGCGCAAAGAAUAGUGCCGAGCCCAAGGGAGAGAAUAGCGCAGAGACCAGCGCAGAGAAUAGUGCCGAGCCCAAGGGAGAGAAUAGCGCAGAGACGAGCGCAAAGAAUAGUGCCGAGCCCAAGGGAGAGAAUAGCGCAGAGCCCAGCGCAGAGCCCAGCACAGAGACCAGCUCAGAGACCAGCUCAGAGACCAGCACAGAGACCAGCACAGAGACCAGCUCAGAGACCAGCUCAGGGACCAGCGCAGAGAAUAGCGCCGAGCCCAAGGGAGAGAAUAGCGCAGAGACCAGCUCAGAGACCAGCGCAGAGCCCAGCGCAAAGAAUAGUGCCGAGCCCAAGGGAGAGAAUAGCGCAGAGACCAGCGCUGAGACCAGUGCAGAGAAUAGCGCAGAGCCCAGCGCAGAGAAUAGUGCCGAGCCCAAGGGAGAGAAUAGCGCAGAGACCAGCUCAGAGCCCAGCACAGAGACCAGCGCCGAGAAUAGCGCCGUGACCGGCGCUGAGAGCGCAGAGAGCCAAACUCUGCUACUUGAGUUUGACAACUUUCUCACCUUGUUUCUUGCAACGUUAGUCGGCUACAUUGCAAAGAAAACCCAGACAUCAGUUGGAAACAUCGAUUUGUUGAAGCGUAUCGGUAGAAUUCAGCUUCAGGGGACACAGCCUGAACGCCCGAAACCCGUCUAUAAGUUGACGCUGUAA